GGGAUAAUGUACCUCAUAAACUGAUGUAUACCCACAUCUAUGUAUAGCAUCAUUCCAAUAGGUGAACACGCGUGUACUUAUAAGAUAGGUACCAAAUGCUCCAACAUUUUUAUUGGCAGCCUUAAAACCAGUCGUAAAAGGUCUUUUUGUAAAGGGUGUGAGAAAGCAGAAUCUCGUAAAACGUAGAUUUGGAAAACAGAGUGAAUAAUAUGCAUUUCUCCGUCUUAUGUUCAUUGUUAGCAGUGGCAGGGUUGGUUUACAGUCAAGACAAAAAUUGUAAUAUUCUUGAUGCCAAGGGUUGCCUGAAAGGAAUAUCAGUGGGAAACUUAUCCAGUCUUUGUCUAUUCUUGAAGAAUGGCGAAAACAUCACAAAUUGUGUUCGUGAGAAGACUGGUUGCGUCCCGAAUACCGUGCCAGAGUUCACUACAAUCCAAACAGCAGCGAAAACAGCGGGUCUCCUAAAUAAGUGUAGUUCCGGUGUCUCAUUGGAGCCAUUGGUGAUGGUCAUUCUCCUGUCAACGAUGGGUGCCCUCUACAAUAUAAUGAAACAUUAGAACAUUCUCUGCAACCUAACGAACGAGCGAGUGCAAAGCGUUCUCUGCAACAUGUUUCAUUUGAACGUUUUUACAAUGUAUGAACUACUAUUUAGAGCAAUCUCUAAUUUACAAUUAACUUUAGUUUUAAACGUUAUUAACCAUCGAUUGUGUUCUCUUCUUAGACAUUAUCAACCAUUAGAGUAUUUCCACUAAAACAUUAGCAACCAGAGCAUUAAAUAAUAUCAAAAGUAAUGUUGGAGUAUUUUCCCGAGAAGAUUAGCAAUAAGAGUGGCAUAUUUAAACAUUAUCAACCAUUGAAGCAUUCUUUACUAAAUAUUAGCAAUCAGAUGAUUCAAAGAGCUGCGCGUGACAUUUAGAGACGAACCAAUCUCUGUUUGCAGAGAAAUUGUGGCCAUGCGGAG